AUGAUGUUGAAGUCCGUUGCUUCCAGAGUGAUCGCUCGAAACGCUUGCUAUGGUGGACGACACACUGUCACUCUUAUUCCUGGCGACGGAAUCGGUCCUGAAAUGUGUGGGGAAGUUACUAAAACUAUUGAAAUGCUCGGAGCUCCCGUCGACUUCGAGACUGUUCAACUUGAAGGCACCUCUGAACUUACCGAGGCGAUGAACUCUAUUACCAGAAACAAAGUCUGCAUGAAGGGAAACGUCGUUACUCAGUGGCCAGUCUACACUUCUCGAAACCUUCAGCUUCGACACGACUUGGACUUGUACGCCAACGUCGUCCACGCUCAGUCAUUCUCAUCUCUCGACACCCGACACAAGAACCUCGAUGUUGUCUGCAUCCGAGAGAAUACCGAAGGAGAGUACUCUGCUAUGUCUCACGAAGCCAUUCCCGGCCUUGUCGAGUCCCUGAAGGUUUGCACCCGAACUGCUACUGAGCGAAUUGCCCGCUUCGCUUUCAACUACGCCGAUCAGUGGGGCCGAAAGAAGGUCACAUGCGUACACAAAGCUAACAUCAUGAAGAAGGGAGAUGGUCUUUUCCGAAAAGUCUGCGCUGAAGUCGCUCUCGAAUACCCUCACAUUGAGUACGACGAUAUCAUUGUUGAUAACUGCACGAUGCAGCUCGUCUCUCGACCAGAACAGUUUGACGUUAUGGUCAUGCCCAACUUGUACGGAAACAUUAUUUCCAACAUGCUCUGCGGUCUUGUUGGCGGCCCUGGCUUGGUUAGCGGAGGAAACUUCAACGAUACCAACGGAAUGGCUGUCUUCGAGCAAGCUACCCGAAACGCCGGACGAAAGAUUGCAGGAAAGAACAUGGCGAACCCCACUGCUUACUUGGUCGCUACUUCCAAGGACUGUAAUUACGCACAUGGAGCGAAUGCACAUUUUCGAACAUACUGGUUGUAA